AUGGAUACAAAUAAUGAUUCGAGUAUGGUUAAAUGCGGUUGCGAGAGUGGUUUGGGUGAUAUUGGUAGUAGGGUCAGGUUUAUUGGUAAUAGCUUCCACGAAGCGGCGGGUUUGGAAGAAAUUGUUUGUGAUGAGGGAAGGUCUGAUCAUUUCGUCCUAGAUGACAGGCAAAGUAACCCGGAUGAAAGAGGAGUGACUCCUACUGGGUCACAAGACCAGUGCCAUUUAAACACAAUGGAGAUUUUUGGAACAGUAGAGAAUAGUUAUCAGUUAAGUGUUGUUAGUGAUGUUGAUGAACCUAAGGUGGGAAUGCUAUUUCAGAAUUGGCUUGAUAUGGAAGCGUUUUACAAAGAGUAUGCUGAACGAAAAGGAUUUGGAGUAAGUAGAGUCCAAGUCGUGUUUUCCAAGGGUGUCAUACGCAUUAGAACUGCGAUGACUUGGAGGUGUGAGUGUUGGGGUACACCUAACAUGCGGGCAGUAAGGGAAGCAAAAAAAAGGGCGAAGGCUAUGGGUGUAAGUGGGUGUGGUGGCGUAGUAAGUGGAAAGGUAUGUGAUGUUGAGUUAAAUCGUAGAAAGAGGAAGUCUAAGAAAUGUGAAUGUGGUGCGAUGCUGUAUGGAAGCGUUAAUCAAGAGAAGGAGUGGGUGGUGAGGAAAGUAGUACUAAAAUAUCACAACCACAACCCCAUUCCUAGUCAAUCUCAGCUGGUGAAGGAGUAUCGGAUGAAGCAAUUGACACCAAGGGUUAGGAGGAAUAUAUUGAAAUAUUAUGAUGAGGGUGUUCCUAUGAAACAGAUUCAUGCGUGCAUGGACUUGGGUUGUAACGGGUCCGGUAACAGUACAUUAACUGUAAAAGACCUAAACCAUGAGGUGUACAAAGAAAGGGGGUUGAAGAUGGUUGGGGGAGAUGCAGCUGCUAUGCUUGGUUAUUUUGAGAAAAUGCAGGCCACAACCACCAACUUCUAUCAUGUUCAACGUGUAGAUGACCAUGGGCGUUUCAAAGACGUUUUCUGGGUUGAUGGUCGGAGUCGGGCUGCAUAUGCAGAGUUUGGAGAUGUUGUAUGCUUUGAUGCAACGUAUUUAACAAAUGAAUACGAUCUACCGUUUCUUAAUUUUGUUGGUGUUAACCACCAAGGGCAAUCAUUAUUAUUGGGAUGCGCAUUGAUAUUAUGCGAAGAUUGUGAUAAUUUCUUGUGGAUAUUUAGACAGUGGCUUAGCAGUAUGGAAAAUUGA